AUGUACCGUCAAGUGUUGCUUCAUCCAGAUGAUAGGCGGUUCCAACUAAUACUAUGGCGAGAAAAUGAACACAAACCAAUCUCAACGUAUAUGCUUAACACCGUCACAUACGGCACAUCAGCGGCUCCACACCUUGCAAUACGAAGUCUCCAGUAUGCUGCUGAAAAUUAUCAUCAGGCGCAUGAACUAGGAAAGGCCGUUAUUCUAAACGAUUUUUACGUCGACGAUAUGGUCACCGGAGCGGACGAUUUGGCAACAUUGGUGCAAAUAAAAGAAGAAGUUUCUGAAAUAUUAAAUCACUUUGGGAUGGAAUUGUGUAAGUGGCAUUGUAGUCAUUGUAACUUAAAUGCAACUUUAGAACGCGACCUUCAGCUGAAUGAAGACACAACCAGUGCUCUCGGAGUAAAAUGGAGACCAGAUACAGAUGUAUUUCUGUUUUCGUUUAAACCUAAAAAAUUGGUAAGCGUUACUACUAAAAGAUCGAUUCUAUCAUUUACAGCUUCAUUUUUCGAUCCGUUGGGCCUAAUCAAUCCAAUCAUUGCAGUACCAAGAAUCAUAUUACAACAGCUGUGGGUACAAAAUAUUUCUUGGGAUGAAGGCAUUCCAGAGAUUUUAGCAAGUAAAUUUAAGGAUUUCAUUGAUGACUUGCAACAUUUACCACUGCUACAUAUUCCUCGUUUUGUACGAAUGUCUAACACAAUUGAAGUACAAGUUCACGGCUUCUGUGAUGCAUCUGAAAAGGCGUACGGUUGCUGCCUAUACUUGAGAUGUAAGGAUUCGUUGGGAACCAUAUGCGUAAACUUACUUACUUCAAAAUCAAGAUUGGCUCCUACGAAAACAUGUUCGUUGCCACGACUAGAACUCUGUUCAGCUCAAUUAUUAACGAAAUUAUGGGCAAAGGUACAACCGCAUUUAUCGUUUGAAAUAUCAGAAGUCCAUUUCUGGUCCGAUUCACAAAUCACACUUCAUUGGAUUCGCUCUGAAUCAUCAACAUUAUCCGUUUUCGUUGGCAAUCGAGUUGCCGACAUCCAAAAUUUGUCAACAAAUACUACAUGGCAUCAUGUUGAUUCAGCAAAUAAUCCGGCAGACGUCAUUUCGCGAGGGUGUUCGGUGCACACAUUGCAGUCAUCCAUAUGGUUUCACGGGCCAACAUUUCUCCAAAACGACAUUAAUGAAUGGCCUCUGCACUCAUCAGUGGAAUUACAGACCACACAUCUUAAUUUGGAACGCAAGAAAACGUGUCUGAUUAUUAAACAAAGGAAACCAUCAUAUAUUAUCGAACAAAUUUAUUAUUAUGGUAAUUAUCUUAAAUGUGUGCGUACAUUUGCCUACGUGUUACGUGUCAUUCAACCACGAUCAAGAAAUACUGAUGUACUCAAGGCUAGCGAAUUAAAAAAUGCUCUAUAUCAUAUUGUUUGGGCUAUUCAACAGCACCAUUUUGCUAGAGAAAUUACAUUGCUGAAAACAAAAAAAGCCAAUUAA